GUUAUGUUAUUCCCUUCAGCCUUUUUGAAAAAAAAGAAGCCCACUUAUUUCUUCUCAACUGUUUUUAACAUCUUCAAUUAUUCUAUAUUUUUCUAGAUUAAGUAAUGAGCUCGUUCCUGUACUCUCUGAUGAUUCAAAUGGUAAAGUGAAGAAGUGAAACUAUUGUCAAUUCUCUCCAGAAGUUUUGAUGUAAAUCAGUCGCUGCUAAAUUUCUUCACUCUCUCGCCAAUAUGGAGAAAGAUCAAACCAAACUUUCGAAAGAAGAAAUCGCCAAACUUUUCCAAUUACCUGAGCGUAAAUCUAAGAUAGCAACAUUAUUCAAAUCGGAUGGAAGGAAGUACUGCGUUUGUAGAUCCACUGACUCCUCUAGAUUUAUGAUUGGCUGUGAUUCAUGUGAAGAAUGGUACCACGGUGAUUGCAUUGGAAUCAGUCAAAAAGAAGCAAAAUACAUUAAACAGUACAUAUGUGUUAGAUGUCAAGAAGAGGAUCCAACUAUUAAAACUCGUUUUAAAGAGAAGGGUACCAAGAAGCAUGAUGAUUCAGAGCUUAAGCAAAUGAAUGUAAAUAAAAAUGAUCAUUGGCAAAAACGGCAUCGCAAGUAUCAACUUGAUGAUAGCAACACCAGUCGUAAAGCUCACAGUGGCCAUAGCCGCCGAGAUAAAUCUUGCGGAAGCUGUGUCAAUUGUGAUCGAGAUGAGGACUGUGGUCUAUGUCCUGGAUGUGGUGAGAUGAGAAAAUUUGGUGGCCUUGGGCGCAUGAAAACUAAGUGUCAUGAGCGUGUUUGCUUGAAGCUGAAGAAACGCACUGUGUCCAAAGAUAAACAGAAUCGCCCAUCCUACAAAAAACGGAGAAAAGAAUCAAGUUCUGAGGGAGAAUAUGGAAGCUCAAAUGAACCUAUGAAGCAGUGUUAUGGUCCUGCAUGUGUUUUUCCAGCUCGGAUAGGCUCAAAGUAUUGUUCAGAUGCAUGUGGUCUCAAAUUAGCCAGCGCUAGGAUUUAUCAGGUACUGCCCCCACGAAUCCAAGAGUGGAGUCUAUCCCCGUGUAUAGCAGAAGAAAAUAAUAAACGGCAAUUGGACGCCAUUAGAAAACAACAACUAGAAGUCCGUGAUGUGCUCCAAGAAUUAGACAAGCGUCAUAAAGAGUUGGAUGCUGUUAUUGAACGAGCUAAACAGUCAGAGGUUGACGAGUCAGCACAAGACGAUGCAGAGGAAGAUGAAAUGAGCAUGUACUGCAUAACGUGUGGACACGAAAUUCACUCAAGGACAGCAAUCAAACAUAUGGAAAAAUGUUUUAACAAGUAUGAGAGCCAGGCGUCUUUUGGCUCUGUUUACAAAACUCGCAUAGAGGGGAACAACAUGUUCUGUGAUUUCUAUAAUGCUGCUAAUCGAACUUAUUGCAAACGUCUGAGAGUUCUCUGCCCUGAACAUUGCAAAGAUGCAAAAGUUUUAGACUCUGAAGUGUGCGGAUGCCCCUUGGUUAAAAAUGUUUUCAAUUUUACUGGAGAGUUUUGUCGGGUUUCAAAAAAAGCUUGCCUCCGCCAUUACUGUUGGGAAAAGUUGCGCAGAGCAGAAAUUGAUUUAGAAAGAGUCCGACAGUGGUUAAAAUUGGACGAACUAGUUGAAAAAGAACGGCAAAUUCGACAGCAAAUGGCGAACAGGGCUGGAGUCCUUGCAUUGGUUCUUCAUUCCACGUACAACCAUGACAUUAUGGAUCAGUUGACAGCCCAACAGCAGGAGCAGCAGCCAAUGAAAGAGCCCGAAGAAGUGAUGCAAUGAUACUUACUUUAUUACUUCGAAUGUAUCAAAAGUUUGUGUUUCCCUGUGCAUUACUGUGAUCUUAUCAUAUUAAAAAGAGCUUUCAUAAAUCAACAA